AUGACUCAACAUGGAUUCUCCUAUGAGAAUGAAAAAGUGAAGCAAACAAGGUUUCAAAUAUUUAAAGAUAAUGUGCAGCAUAUUGAAAGGCAUAAUCAAGAAGGAAAUCACACGUACAAGCUUGGGAUAAACAAAUUUGCAGAUCUAACAAAUGAAGAGUUCUUGGCUAAGUAUGCAAGAAGUUGCAUGCCAUCAUUCAAGGUACGAUUAUCAAAUCAAUCAACUUAUGAAUACAAAGAUAUGAAAGAUGUACCACCUAGUCUUGACUGGAGAGAUCACAAUGCCGUCACAGCUGUAGGGGAUCAAGGAAGUUGUGGUAGGCUAAUUCAAUUAUCAGAGAAACGUAUUUUGGACUGCAACUACUACCACGAAGACUGCAAUGGCGGAAGAAUGGAUCAUGCUGUCGAAUUUGUUAGGAAAAAUGGGGGUCUUUCAUCUGAUAUUGAUUAUCCUUACACUGGAAAUCAAGGAGCAUGUGCCAAUAACAAACCAUCAUCUCUUUCCUCAGUGAUCACUGGAUUUAGUUGUAUUCCUAAUUAUAAUGAGGCAGCAUUGUUAGCAGCAGUAGCUAACCAACCUGUCUCGGAGAGUGUGGAACUAAUUUAG